UGGGCGGAGGAACGAAUGUCAUGAAGUGAUGUAGGGUGCGGUUGGUUUAUGCUGAGAGAGGCAGCCGGCGAGAACACUGGGAUAAAACAGCAAGCCAGCGUCUGUUAUUCCUGAAAUCUGAAUUACCACAAAACAGCUUGUCAUUUAAAGACAACGAGGAUCAAAAUGCUAGACACAACAAGCAGCCAGUUCAACUCGUUCCUGUACUGGAGGGAGCCCAUCCCAUCGCUGGACCUGUCCGAAUUGGAAGACCUUGGCAUUUCUAUACCCAAAUCCAAGGAGGCGAAGAGCUCCCCAAAGCCCCCAGCACAGGAUGGGGAAGAUUUGGAGUUACUGCAGUACACCACAUUUAACUACUGGAAGGAGCCGGUUGCUAGCAUUGAUUUCGAUCUGCUAUUAUAAAACACUAUCAGUUCCUGCCCAAAUCUGUUUAAAACCACUGUGGUCUUUUCUGAUCCGAUAUUGAUGAAUUGAUUUUGAGUCUUUAUUAUGCCUUGCUUGUUUAGCAAUGUCAGUGCAACUGUGAAGACUUUGUACUUAUGUGCUACAGCAUUACUAAUAGUGAUGUAUUCAUUGCAGAAAACAAAAGGCAAACUUGUGUUAUGUUGAUUCUUAACUUUCUAACUGGUCAUGCACAUAAAAUAAGAUAUCACGUUGCUAAAGCCACAGUAUUGUGCACAUAAAAGGCAUGAAAAAAACUAAAGCUGUUUUGAAGAGAUCAAUGUAUAAAGUUAAUGUCUGGCAAAUUACUUGUAUUGUUAAAGCAUCAUUUUGGUGAUUGUGAGCUGGAAUCGCACUAAAAGGUGUUUUUGUACUCGACGAAUGUUCAUAUGAAGUCCAAAUCUAAUGCUUUCCCCUGUCAGGCCAGAUGCCAAUUAAAGUGAGCUUGCUGCUAAAUGAAUUACUGAAA